GCUCAAAUAUUAUCUUUCAGAGAAUAACAUUACGUGCUCGAACAAAACCCAACUGAAGACUUGGUUACAAAACUACCCAGUAUCUACUUUCAUUUCGAAAUCGUGUUUGUAUAUAAAGCAGUGAAAGGCCCUUAUUAGGUAAAUCCCCAUAUCAAAAUGGUGUUGUUCAAAGUGCAGUUAUUGGCAUCAAUUUUACUCUUAUCUGAGGUGUACAGCCGAAGUUGUGGUGGAUGCGGCAUCGGCAGCGGCUACCAGCAACUCGGGUCUUCGAAUCUCUGUAACCCAUGUCAGUUCACCAUACCAGCUGUUAUCAGGCCCUGUGUUGACCGCCAGCGCAGCGUGUCAUCCCAAUCCUGUAACACCCCCAGGCUAAGCAGCGAAGAUAUUAUGGAUAAAUUGUUGCAAGUAAUCUUAUUUGACAUAAUUUCGUCAGGUAAAGUGGAAAUUGAUAUCAAAGAGGGAAAUAAGAACGAUUGCGGGAAUAAAAAUGAUUACGGGAAUAAAAAUGAUUACGGGAAUAAAAACGAUUGCGGGAAUGGAAAAGGAUCAAAAUGCGAUGCAGAAGUAGAUAAGAGCGGUGGAAGCUGUGGAAACACAGAACCUGAAGUAUGUGUGUGUAUUAGACCGGCCAAUUGCAAAUCCUAGAUCGUUAUAAUUACCGAAAACUCCCCAACUACACUCCCCAAAAACAGACAGGAAUUUCUUCGUACAUUAUAUUCAAUGAAACCGUUUAAAAAAGAACGAAAACUGAUGGAAAAUAAUUAAAUUAAAUUCCUAUAAAUAAAUAGCCAGGUCAUUAUUUGGAUAGGUGUCCACUGUCCAGGACGCAACAUUAUUUGAGACAUGCAGUUUCGUGCCAAAUAAUUUCUCACUGCAGAAACUAAUUGAACAACAAAAAGAACCGGACUAGUACAGUAAGUAUCAUUAGGAAUGUUCUUUACAUUACAACUAUCUACUCAACCGCGAGUUCGUCAGUUAGUAGGUAAUUAUACCAGAUUGUUAAUAUCAUGUUAUUUGUGAUUAUACUAAACCAAAGUGGUUAGAAAACGAAUAAACUACCUUUGUACGUUUUAUUGACACUAACUACAUAAGUAUGUCUGAAUGUACCCUCGCGUCGAUGUUAUUAACAUUUACCUGUCUCAUAUGAUUCAUAAGUACCUAUCAUAAGUCCAAAACUUUCUCAUAUUAUUUACUACCUAUAGAUACUUUGCACAUUAUCUCAUUUAAAGUAAAGCUACUUAAUUAAUUACAAAAAACGUGCCCUGAAAACCAGUACCGCGUCUAUUAGACACGGUGUACGCUGAGUGGCAUCCUAUUUGGUGUACUAGUUAUUAAUUACUUGUUGUAUUAUGGUUCUCAUUGCCAAAUAAAAUAUUUUCUAUUCUAAAAUAUAAAAUUAAAUUUUUUUUUAAAUUAACCCCAGAGUCAACAGAUUAAGUUACAUUAUCCUCUAGCCCUGUAAGGCACAAACAGAACGAGCGCAUGCGUCACGAUCAAAGUAUGAUGAAAGAGUGGUUCUUAUUGCGGAUUGGUUUGCCAUGUUGGAUCUGCCACGCUGCUUGCUCCAACGUGGUCGAAUCAAUAAAGCUCCUACAGUAACACUACAAGCUCAAUAUAUUUAAAACCAGAGCUCGGAAAUGGUGAGCCGUUUGCCUUAUAUGACGUAAGAAGUGUCAAAUUAUAAGGGAAAUAAUUCAUCCUGUCCGACCUCUGUUAAAUCUGUUUAGAACAUAACUUUUCUACGGGUUAAAAACUAGACGGGGCAACCCGCAUGCGCUGUGGAAGAUUCAUAAUUCAUAAUUUCUUUAUUGAUGAUAUGAGAUGAUGAAACAGUGGUUCUUAAUGUGACUCAACUCGCCACGCUGCAUGCUCUAACGUGGCCAAAUCAAUAAAGCUCCAAGAGUAACACAGAAAUUCCAAUACAAUAUAUUAUCUUUUAUCUAUCACAAAACAGAUUGGGGUGGGACAUUAAAUUGCAUUAGAUUUACGGAUUAAACACUGGAGGCAACCCGCAUGCGUCAUGCUUGUGCAAUGUGCAUCCUUGUGGAUGAUGAAAUAAUGGUUCUCGUUGGGACUCGGUUUGCCACGUUGGAUCUGCCACGCUACAUGUUCGGACGUGGCCAAAUCAAUAAAGGUCCCACAGCCGCAGAAGACUUAUUUUGUGGUACUUGUUCUAUACGAGUUGGUAAUUCAGGUAAUUGCCUAAAUAAAAAUACGAAGAAAACAACAAUGACACAUAAGGUAAACAAUUUUGACUUGUGAGAAAUAUUUAAAAAAAAUGUCUAACUAUAUUUUGUAGGUACUUGUAUUAUAAUUAGUUUGUAUGUUUAGAUAAAUA